AUCCUUAUUUGAUUUGCUUCCUGUAGAAGGAAAGUUGAAUCGACCCAAACACUGUCUUACCUUGUAUAUAUCCUCACUCUCCGUCCUAUUUAAUAUCCUUCCCCAUCCUCUAUACUUCCAUUUUAUUCGAGGGUUAGGGUUAUAUUAUUAAUCUUUCUUUGCGAUUACCAAAAGGGUUUCUCUCGCUCUACCUAUGGAGCCUUCUCUUGUCAUCAAGGUUCAAUAUGGGGAAACACUUAGGCGCUUCAGUUCACAUGUUGUUGAUGGAAAGCUUGAUAUUGACAUGAAUGGAUUGAUAGAGAAAGUAUGCUCUCUUUUUAAUUUUUCUUCUGGUUCUGAGCUUGAUUUUACAUAUGUUGAUGAAGAUGGAGAUGUGGUAAAACUUGCUGAUGAAGAAGAUUUGCACGAUAUAUUACGUCAGUCACUUAAUCCGCUGAGGAUAACUGUUAAAUUAAAUACAGAAUGGAGUGUUAGUUCUAGACCUAAUGGCAGAACAAAUGGAAAUUCGACUCCUUUGAGAUCACCCCAGUUGCAGUUUCCAUUGCAAGUUGAGAAUGCAGCUGUUGCUGAAGUGCUGAACUCUCUUCCCAGUACCAUUCGUGAAACCACUGCAAAGUUCUCAACUGAGUUGGGAUUGGAUACUAACUCUCCAGCAGGAUACCUUGCUGUUCUUGAUUCUUUGGCGAAGAUGGGUCUUUCCUAUCUGAAAGAUGUUUCUGUUACUGGUGCUAAAAGUGGGUCUACAGUAAUAAGCUCUACAGAUGCUACAGUGGGAAAGGAGAAAAACGGUUCAAUAUCUGUCAGCACUACACCAGCGACAGAGAAAAAAACGAGCUCAAUAUCUUUCAGGACUACACCAGCAACAAAGGAUCAGACCAGCUCAGUACCUGUCCAGACUACCCUUGUUCCUGAACUGAAAGGGCUUGGCACUGAUGAAGGAAAUGCUGCUGAGGGCUUUGUUAUGCCAGCUUUGGACAAUACAAAUGCCAAAGACGAAUCGUCAAUCUUGCCUAAAAUAACAGCUACUAACUUGUUAAAUGAAAUGAAAGGUCCAAGUGAUUUUGUUUCUCAAGAGAACAAGGUUGGAAAGAAUGGUCGAUCUGGUCCUAAGAUGAAGCCGGUUAAGAAGUCAUUUGAAUCUCAUCAUGGAUGGAAGUCUGUUAUGAGUCCUAAACCCUUGACUGGGAUUGAUUCACCUUCUUCAGGCCUUCCAGUUCCGCCCUAUUUGCACAGACAUCAACUUCCUUAUCGCGUAGCCCCAGUCAGAAGCUACAACAAGAGUGAUGUUAUGGCCAGUGUCUUUCACACUGGUAUUCAAUGUGAUGGAUGUGGGGUUCAUCCGAUAAGUGGACCUCGGUUUAAGUCUAAAGUGAAAGAGGAUUAUGAUUUGUGUAUUUUCUGCUUCAAUCAUAUGGGAAGUGAGGCUGAAUACAUAAGAAUGGACCUUCCAAUGAAUUACCAGGGUCGGGACCCUUUGAAUUUCCCUUUUCCUCAUCGCUUGGGACGCCCACCAACUUUGCCUGCAGAUCAUGCUAAGUUAGAUAGUUGCUUUAUACUGGAUGUUAAUAUUUUGGAUGGAACUAUACUGACACCAUUAACCCACUUUACAAAAAUUUGGCGGAUGAGGAACAAUGGUGCUGUUGCAUGGCCUCAUGGCACAAAACUUCUAUGCAUUGGGGGAGAUAAACUUAGCAAGACACAUUCUUGCGACUUGAAGAUUCCUGCUGAAGGAUUUCCUGUAGAGAAGGAAAUUGAUGUUGAAGUUGAUUUUGCUGCUCCAGAAAAUCCUGGACGUUACAUUUCUUAUUGGAGGAUGGCAUCGCCAUCAGGCCAACAAUUCGGACAACGAGUCUGGGUUCUCAUCCAGGUUGAAUCUUCUUUGAAGGCCCCAAAUAGCAAAAAUCGCGACUUCAAUCUCAACUUCCCUCCUGUAGGCAGUGGUAUUAUGGGCUUGCAGAAUGAGAAUUCCUCUGUUGACCUUAAAACUGGAGAUGACCUUACAGAGAUUGAUGCUUCUACAAAGGACCAGCAUGCCCCAGUCGGACGUAAGAUUAGUGAAGACCUUAUUGUGAUUAAGAAACCUACAAUGGACAAAGGGAUUGAUCUUAAUUUUUGGAACAAUGGAACUCUGUUGGUGGCGAGACCUAAACCAGAUUCAGCUGCACCCGGAGCUUCCUCCACAGUGACUUACCCCGUUGUUGAUCAGUCUAAAGUUGAACCAGUUGUCAUUUCUCGUCAACAGAAGUUAGAUUUGGAUAUCCCAUCCUCUAUGAUUGAUGCCAAUCAAGGUACAGCUGAAGUCGAGCAGACCCUUCUGAAGGAACUGGAGAAUAUGGGUUUCACUGAGAUUGAUUUAAACAAGGAAAUUUUGAGGAAGAAUAAGUAUCAUCUGGAAGAAACACUGAAUGAGCUCUGUGAUACCGAGUGGGAUCCUAUUCUUGCAGAGCUGCAGGAGAUGGGCUUCUCAAACAAUGAAAUGAACAAGAAGCUCUUAAAGAAGAACAAUGGUAGCAUUAAGCGUGUGGUCAUGGACUUGAUUGCUGGAGAGGAGGCUUGAGUAAUAUGGAGAAUGGCAUUCGCAGGGAUGGCCCCUGCCGAUAUAUAAAUAAACGUAGCAAGUGAAUGCAGACUUUUAUCUAGUAAUGUGUUUCUUUUGGUUAACCCGAGUACAAGUAUCUAUGUGGAUGGCAAACUUAGUUAAUAUAUUACUAAUUCGCAGGAUUGUGCA